AAUUUUGAUAUCCACUUGGGUCAAAUCCUAAUAAGCGCUCCUUGCACCAAUCGCGGUACUGGGGGUCCAAGAGGCUCCACGAUUCCAUCGGGUCUUCGAUCUCGCUUCGAAAUGAUCCUCAUGCUUGUGUGAGAGCCGCAUUCCUGAACUACUAAAACAUGCUGCUGCGCAGCUGGCCAAUUCCGUCUCCAUGGGUGGUUGACUGCCUUUGUAGCAACCAUUGACUUGCGUUGCACUCGUGGUAUUCACAGGCGGUUUUCCCUGAAGAAACAUUCCCUUGAAACCCGCAUAUAUUAUUUUAUUAACUACAUUCCCUCUUCAGUGCAAUCGACUUCCUUCAGAUGCUUUUCACACCCAUCGUGUGUGUUCCCUUCGGUCAUGGCAGAGAUGACCAGAAAUCUGGAUUGUAUCCCGUACGAUGUUUUCUACCAAGUGGCAUCCACCCUGGACUGUCAUGAUUUCGUGCAUCUCAGCCGGGUGAAUCGAAGCCUGAAUGCCUUGAUGCGAAACGAGUCAUUGGCACGGAAGACCGUCGAGAACCACCUACUGCAUACCAAGGAAGGGCAACAGGCAACUGAGCACAAGGCGGGAUACCGUAAAGCACUGGGACGUCUAUAUGACAUCAAGGAAGCUGUGGCCACCGCCGAUCCGUACUCGGCCUCAAUUAUCGGCUACGGGAGUGCCUUUCUCUACAGCGGCGGUGCGCUGUGCUAUGUGUUCAACGACGAAAUUCGUGCGUUGGAUGUCCAUGGGGCCAGCCAAGUUGAGCAUGUCCUGAACCUGCACGCGGUCCUGUCCCGCGUCAUCCCGGAUUGCGACCCGACCGAAGACGCAACCCAACUCUCCCUGAUGAACUACAGCCAUGGCGUGCUGGCAUUUUCCGUGGAGAUUGUAGACCGCCGGGAAACCUGGCUCCUGGCGGUGGAUAUGCGGCGAAAGACGGAAGGUGGAAAGGGGCGAUUGCGCCUGCGCCGACAACUCGAGAGCAAACAGCGAUUAUUCGUGCGACACAACCAAUCUUACCUCUACUACGGGACCCACUCCGGUGCGGGUUAUCAUGGGUAUAAGCAAUGGAUCGUCAAUUGUUUCGAGUUGGCGACGGGCAAACAAACGAACGAGAAACCGGUCCAGCUGCACGAUUUCGCCGGCAACGAAAUCGGACAAACGGUGUGUUUUGACGUCCACCAGGACCAUCUAUACGCCGUGUCCACGCAAACAGCCUUCGAGAUGGAAGAGGUCGACUGGACCUCGUUCUACGUUUGGGUCUGCGUGGCCCCCACCAACAAUACGAAGCGCGUGACACUCAACCGGACCUGGCGCCGACAGCAUCGGGAGGGCCCCAUAAACGACUCGUGGUCAGAUAUCUCCCUGCGACACGAUGAGGCCACCAAACAGCUGAUCAUCCUGGAAUGUCGCCGCGAGUGGCACAAGGGCGGCAGUGAGAAUUUCCGCACAUACUACGUGCAGCCGCUCCCAUCGCCCACGGAGAUAACGCAGCAUAGUAAGCACCAGGGCGAAGCCUUCCGUCCCGUCUCUCUACCCGACGAACCGUUGACCAAAACCCUGGACCCGUCCAGCAAACCGAACUACGAACGCCCCCGGAAACGUCUCCGCCGACACUACCACCCCGAAUACACCCUGGGCCACGACGACCCCGUGCACCGACAGGACUUCAUCUUGAACCGCACCAAGCUACGCACGUACAACCUCUCCGCCUCGACCUUCGUCGAUCUCGUCAACGACCCAUGUCCAACCCCUGGGAGUCUGAUCCCGCACGACCGGUUGCGGCUGCGCAUGGUAUCGCGCAAGCGCAAGUGCCCAAUCGACGAGACGGGCGAAGAAGGAACCCCAAACCUGCUCUAUUGUCCGGAGAUCACGGAAGAAGAACAGGAAGAGGAUGGACAACCCGCAGAUGGCAGUGAAGAGCGCUUCGCGUCCCGUGGAGUCCGCCUAUGGCCGCCUGACCACGCGCCGCCCGCGUUGACCCAACUUCUCUGCCCAUCCAAGCGAACCGGCAAGGUUGAGGCCAUGGCGGACGAACGGACCAUCAUCUACACGGUGAACCAGGAGGGCCUGAGCUCCGAUCUUCAGGCGAUCAUUCUCAUCAAUUUCGACCCGGCGCUGCGACUGCCCGGUCUGCAGCGCAUGGACAUGUCUGGCACGCCUGAAACCCACACGACCAACACGACGACGGGCACUGAGCAACCGCAGCCUCCCAUCUUCAACCUUGCCGGUCCGCGUAGGGCGAACCAUAAGGAGCCAUCUGUCCGAGAGGAACAGGCGAUGCACUUGCACAUCAAACGUGGAUACUGGCUACGAUAGUUGGUCCGAGAAAAGUCUACUGGUAGACACGGACAGAUAUACGAGAUAGAAAAGAUAAUAAUGAGUAACAAACAAUGGAA